AUGGCGUCUCCAGCCUCCGCUCCCUGGCCACCCCCAAACGGCCUCUGCACACCCACCGUCUCCCGAAAAGAGGCCGUCUUCCAGACCCCUGCCUCCAUCCGAAUCCACGCGCCUGCUUCCCGGGUAUUCGAAAUCCUACUCGAUACCCCCAAAUACCCAGAGUGGAACUCUUUCGUCCCGAAAGUCGAAAUCCUCCAACAACCCGGUACUGCGGACGGCGAUGAUGGACUUCUAAAAACGGGCACGAUCAUGACCUUCCAAGUCGUAAUGAACGACAAGAAACCCCAAAACUUCACCCCAACGGGCCUACAAGUGACGGACAUCUCCACCCCCUCAUCUCCAUCCACCUACCUCUCCGCGGAAACGCUCCAGGAGGACGCUUCCUACACCUCCGACCUCAGCGCGGUGUAUAGGAUCUCGUGGAAAUCGCACGGCGGGUUCGCCGCGCGGGGCUUGAAGACGGAGAGGUUUCAUGAGGUUCUCGUGCUGGGUGGUGGGGAGGGGGAGGAGUGUGAGGUGCGGACGUGGGAGGUGUAUGGCGGGUUGUUGGCGCAUGCUGUCAAGGGGUUGUAUCGGAAGACGCUGGAGGAGAAGUUUGCGGUUUGGGUGGGGGAUUUGAAGAGGUUUGCUGAGGGGGAGGGGAGGGAGGGAUGGAGGGGGGUUUAGCUUGUGGUGCUGGAUUGGGAGGACUUUUUGGGUUGUUUUGGGGCACGUAUUAAAGGUUGCUCAUCUCUACCGCGCUGUGUGGCCGUGUGGUGGCGGUGCUUUUGCUCGCAGAAUCCAGGCUUUCCCGAUUCGGCUUCCCGGCGCGGCUGGCUCACGAUGAGUCGACAUGAGACGCCUCAGGCCAGAACUCUGCAUAAAAGCACAGCGUGGCACGCUUUGCGAACUGUUCAACAGCACUACAUUGUUAACGAUACAGAUACUGCGAUCCAUCGCGAACAUGCCAGACGGAACGGCGAACAACACCUUAUGUAGCACCUGCGCUACGGAAUUCCCUUCCAAUGCGAUGCGGCGAGAACACAUGCACAGCGAAUGGCAUGUUCACAAUAUGAAGCGGCGGAUAACGAAUCUGCCGCCAGUGUCCUUGCAAAGCGUUGAAGAUUCCAUUCGCGAGAAGACUCUGGCAGCGAUGAGAACGGAAAGCGGCAACAUCAAGCACGACAGGCAGCUCGUCGUCUAUCCACUCGCAGCACCCAAGUGCGAGCAGGGAGAAGGCGAGAGAGUCGUACGCUCGCAUGCCGAAGUGGAGCAUUGUUUAUUCUGCGAGCACACCUGCGACACGCUCUCUACCAAUCUGCAGCAUAUGGCGUUGGAACAUGGCUUCCGCAUCCCCGACCAAGAGACUCUGCAGACCGAUCUGGAAACCUUAUUGGCAUACAUCGCGCUCGUGAUCGAGGAGUUCAACUCUUGCAUCUCUUGCGGCCAGGAGAAGCUAUCCGCAGCCGGUGCACGGCGACACAUGCUGGACAAAGGGCACUGCAUGCUGGAUCUCGCGCCUGGAUCGGAUUUUCUUGAUUUCUGGGCGUGCGAUGAGGAGCACGCAAGCGAUGCAGAUGUGGGCAGAAACUUCCAGUCUGAUCGAGAGAUGCUUUUACCUUCUGGCAGUGUCGCCGUCAGCAGGCUUGAUGCUCGACCGAGCGUGAGAAUCAAGCACACGAUUCGGCAUGAUCCCGACGAGAAGACCGCUGUUGCGAUUCGCUCAGGAGAUCGUGAUGAGAAUGCUACAACUUCAACCAGUCCUCACAAUACAACACAAGCCCUGGCUAUUCGAGAUCAGAUGGGAAUCGUCGGACUCUCCGACCUGCAACGCCAGACGCUCGCGACCGUGCAGAAGAAGGCUCUCUCCCGAGAACAGCGAUGUCGCAAUGAAGCCCGAUGGGUCUUGGAGAAGUUCAACAAUCGCACCAAGCAGAAGCAUUUCAAAGUGAGUCGGUCGGGUACACACAGCGUGGUGCAGGUGUGCUGAUCGAAUGUGUCUGUCGGGUCAGCCGGAUGUGCCUGGCAGGACGAAUGGGUGAAGAAGUGGGAACAAAGAAGCUUGAGGCGAACUCGAAUUUUUUUCAUCCUCUUUGACGAGAACGGGCUUCAAUAGGAUCGGACAAAGCCAAACCACGGCGCAGUCUACAUACACUGCUAUUGCGAUAGUUUUUUUGAUGCAUUGGCUGAGUUUGCGAUUCAACAUGCCAUCCUACUUGAAAAUCCCUCGAGAAGAAGAAGAAGAAGAAGAAGAAGAAGAAGAAGAAGAAGAAGAAGAAGAAGCGGAGAGCAAAUUCGCCCAAAUGCUCCACGGACCGAACAGCUCGACCGGCCUCCUACCCCACGACACGCACCACAUCCCCCAGCGUCGCCACUACGCAAACCACUGCUGGCAAUCGACAUGGUAUACAUCCCUCCUCAUCCUCCUCGCGGGGAUCCUAUACCUCCUCGCGCACAACUCCCUCGAAUUGAAAUCCGCUCUGGAUGAUGAUGAUGGCGGGGAAUCCGGCUGGGUUCUCCAUCAUCACACUUUCGGUCCUUCGAAUCAGUUCAGCUUGGAUCAUGAAUACGAUGUGCUCUUCGAUACCAAGGGGAAACAGCUGGGGGUGAUUGAAUUGCCGCCUUAUGGCCCGGAUGGGAAGAGUCUCGCCGGUGAAGGCGGUGUGAUUGGGAUGUAAAGUCCAUCCAUCCAUCCCUCCAUUCCAUCCCUCCACCCAUCCACUAACCCUCCACCCGCAGGUUCCACCAACUGCACUGCCUCUCCAUGCUGCGCACAGGCAUGCAAUCCCUCCUCCUCGCUCACCACGCCCACAUCCCCCCCGCGCCGCACCUCCUCUCGGAACGCCAAAAGCGCCACUGGGGCCACUGCUUCGACUACAUCCGCAUGGGCAUCCUCUGCGCCGCGGACCCGACGCUCGAACGGCCGACGUACGCCAACGGCAGCGUCGCCAAGGAUGUCGAACGUUAUGGCGUUGAUGGCGCGAGGGAUCUGCGGACUUGUCGCCGGGAGGAUGUGCUGUGGGAGAUGCAUCGGGAGUUUGGGGUUGCGAGGGGGAGGGGAGGGAUGGUUGAGAGUUUUUGA